UGCACACAGGUGAGGCUGGGCAGUGAAGAGCAGCAUGGACCUGGAUGUGCUGAACAUGUUUGUCAUUGCUGGCGGCACCCUGGCCAUCCCCAUCCUGGCCUUCGUGGCCUCCUUCCUCCUCUGGCCCUCAGCGCUCAUCCGCAUCUACUACUGGUACUGGCGCCGAGCCCUGGGUAUGCAGGUUAGAUACGCAAACUACGAUGACUAUCAGUUUUGUUAUUCCUAUAGAGGGAGACCUGGAUACCGACCGUCCAUCCUGAUGUUACAUGGGUUUUCAGCCCACAAAGACAUGUGGUUGUCCAUAGUCAAGUUCCUGCCGAAGAACCUGCACUUGGUGUGUGUCGACAUGCCGGGGCAUGAGGGCACGACCCGCUCGGCCUUGGACGAUUACUCCAUUAGUGGGCAGGCUAAGAGAAUACACCAGUUUGUGGAGUGCAUCAAGCUGAACAGAAGGCCCUUUCAUCUGGUUGGCACUUCCAUGGGGGGAAACGUUGCCGGCGUUUACGCUGCUCAGUACCCAGAAGACGUCUGCAGCCUGACCCUCAUCUGUCCUGCAGGCUUGCCAAGUACCACCGACAGCAAGUUCGUUAAGCAGCUCCGGGAGCUGCAAGAGUCCAAAUGCAUCGACAGGAUCCCUUUAAUUCCCUCGACGCCGGAGGAGAUGGCGGACAUGCUGAAGCUUUGCUCCUACGUUCGCUUCAAGGUGCCGCAGCAGAUCCUCCAGGGUCUCGUUGAUGUUCGCAUCCCACACAAUGAUUUUUAUCGGAAACUGUUUUUAGAAAUCGUGGAUGAAAAGUCCAGGCACUCUCUCCAUGACAACAUGAGCAAGAUCAAAGUGCCGACCCAGGUCAUCUGGGGGAAGCAGGACCAGGUGCUGGAUGUUUCUGGCGCCAGCAUUCUAGCGAGUGCUAUCCCGGACUGCCACGUCUACAUCCUGGAGAACUGCGGGCACUCGGUGGUGGUGGAGCGGCCCCGCAAGACAGCCAACCUCAUCCUGGAGUUCCUGGCGCUGCUGCACAGCAUGGACAACAACAAGAAGCAGGCGUGA